UUCGAAACUGAUCACUACGAGUUUCCGGAUUUUAUCGACUGAGACACGCUUUCCGCCUUUUCCGUCUUGGCCGCUAACUAGAUUUUUUCUAGAGCACGUCACUUCCUUGGAGAAACGCUGUCACGUCGAAGUAUACCAACGGGAAUAAGCCAGCCAUAUUUAAUAUCAGCAAUGUCGUUUGGAAGAAAUAAUAGCAAUACCGGAUCGUUUCGUGGCCGAGGAGGCGCUGGAGGUGGUGGUGCCGCAUCUUAUCGUCGCAAUGAAAAUAACGCAUACAACCAAAACGGUUAUUCAAAUGGAUAUAACAAUGGUUCAAACAUGAAUGGAGCAGGGAAUAAGUUUAGAAAUGGGGGAAUGGGUGGGAAUGGUGGAUCAAGGUAUGGAAACGCACCUGGUGGUGGAAAUGGGAAUGGGAUGUCCGGGAAUAGGUUAAGAAGACCAAAUUGGGAUAUGAACAAAUUACGUCCUUUUAAAAAAGAUUUUUAUGUACCACAUCCUGCCGUUGCGAAUCGAUCCUCGUAUGAAGUUGAGCAAUAUAGAGCAGCAAAAGAAGUUACAAUUGACGGGGAUGUACCUAACCCAAUUCAACAUUUUGAAGAAGCAAAUUUCCCUGAUUAUGUUAUGGAUGGGAUUAUGAGGCAACAAUAUGAUCAACCGACACCUAUUCAAGCGCAGGGUUGGCCAAUAGCAAUGUCAGGUAAAGAUAUGGUUGGAAUUGCUCAAACCGGUUCAGGGAAAACCCUUGCCUAUAUCUUACCAGCAAUAGUUCAUAUAAAUCAUCAACCACAAAUAGCACGUGGUGAAGGCCCCAUAGUCUUAGUAUUAGCUCCCACCAGAGAAUUAGCCCAACAAAUACAACAAGUCGCAACUGAAUUUGGAAGUUCUUCGUACGUCCGUAAUACAUGCAUUUUUGGGGGGGCGCCUAAAGGACCACAAGCUCGAGAUUUAGAACGUGGUGUUGAAAUUGUAAUUGCCACACCUGGUCGUUUAAUCGAUUUCUUAGAAAAAGGAACAACAAAUUUACAACGUUGCACAUACUUGGUGUUGGACGAAGCCGAUCGAAUGCUUGACAUGGGUUUUGAACCACAAAUCAGAAAGAUUAUCGAACAAAUUCGUCCAGAUAGACAGACUUUGAUGUGGUCAGCAACUUGGCCAAAAGAAGUGAGAAAACUUGCAGCUGAUUUCCUUAAGGAUUACGUCCAAAUUAAUAUUGGAUCAUUACAAUUAUCUGCAAAUCAUAAUAUUUUGCAAAUUGUUGAUGUAUGUCAAGAACACGAAAAGGAAACAAAAUUAAAUAAUUUACUUCAAGAAAUUACCAAUAAUGCAGAACCAGGAGCAAAAACAUUAAUUUUUGUUGAAACAAAAAAGAAAGUGGAAACAAUCACCAGGAAUAUUAGAAGAUAUGGUUGGCCAGCAGUUUGUAUGCAUGGUGAUAAGAGUCAACAAGAACGCGAUUACGUCCUUAGAGAGUUCAGAAAUGGCAAGUCCCACAUCUUGGUGGCAACAGAUGUUGCUGCUCGAGGUCUUGAUGUCGAGGGAAUCAAGUACGUUGUAAACUUUGAUUAUCCAAACUCGUCCGAGGAUUAUAUCCAUCGAAUAGGUCGAACGGGCCGAUCUGACAGCACGGGAACUUCUUAUGCUUUUUUCACACCAAACAACUUCAGACAAGCAAAGGAUUUAGUUGCUGUACUUAAAGAAGCUAAUCAGGUUAUAAACCCGAAAUUAUCCGAAAUGGCGAGUAGAUGUGGUAACUUCAGUGGUAAAAGUAGAUGGGGUGGUGGCGGAAACGGAGGAGGUUAUGGAGGCGGUUUUCGCGGUAGAGAAAAUUCAGGUCCAAGACAAAAUAGAUUCGGUGCUGGAAAACCGGCUUACAGAUCUUCAAAUGGAUAUUCAAAUGGCAAUUCGUACAACAACAGAGAUUUUUAGAUUAAAGAAGUAAUAAAAGAGUUUCAUCUUGUUUUUCACGUACGCUUAGUAAAUUGUUCGUUUGGAGACCGAUAGAUACAGUAUUCUUCUCUCUCUUCAAGGUCAUUCCGUAGUCUCCAACAUAAUGAUGGGGUUCGUUCGGUUUGUUCACCUUUUUUAGUUUAAGAAGUAUAUGCCCUGAGAUCAUCAGGUGUUUUUUAUUUGAUAGUAGUUUCAUUAGAAUCGCAAAAAAAAAUAGAAAAUAUUUCUUUAUUUAUGUCGGAACUGUGAUUAGGAUAAAGAAAAGUGCCAGGAGGCGUUUUAUUUUUUUUUUCUCAUAAUUUGAUUUAAUUUAUUGUUGUACAACGAUACCUUCGCGAUUAUGUGGUUGUUGUAUCUUAAUUAAAAAAAUUAAUAAAGAAUAAAAACUUUUGUAUUGAUAAUGAA